AUGGCCCGUGCUAUUCUCUAUAUUGUCAUGCACAAAAGGCUAUCCAAGGGCAAGGAUAGUGCUGGGCUGCCACACCUCACUGUGGAAGGAGCAGACAUGGUUGAUAAGAGUGAGUUGCAUAAGGUUGCAAACUUCAUGCUGCUGUUACUUGGGACCACAUAGGUGAUUCAUUUAGAGACAAUCCACUUGACUUGUGCAGCCCUUGGCAUGCUUUCCUUUCUCCCCCCAUGCCCACAUUAUCCAGAUUUUAAUAACAGGUUUUGCAAUUACUUGCAUUUCUUUCUAGCAGACAUAUUCCAUCAGCAGUGUGGGGUGGUAACCAAGUUAAGUAUCCCCAGAGUUCAGGAUGAUUACUACCAAAAUGCAAGUGCGUAAGGCCUGCAGCUCCUUCCAACCUAGCAGUUCGAAAGCACGUCAAGUGCAAAUAGAUAAAUAGGUACCGCUCUGGUAGGAAGGUAAUCGGUGAUUCCAUGCGCUGCUCUGGUUCACCAGAAGCAGCUUAGUCAUGCUGGCCACAUGGCCCGGACAAACGUCAGCUCCCUCGGCCUAUAGAGCGAGAUGAGCGCUGCAACCCCAGUGACUGGACCUAAUGGUCAGGGGUCCCUUUACCUAGCCAUCUGUCAUGUAUGAUCUAGUUGAGAUUCAUGCAUUGCAGGGAGUGAACUAGAUGAUCCUCGGGAUUCCUUCCAACCCUACAUUUCUAUGAUUCUUUUAAUUCUUAGUGUGAGCUGCCUUGGCUGUUUGUUUACAAAUACAGUAAAUCAAUCGAUAAAUCCUUUGGCCUUUAAGCUGCUAAAAAUAUCUUUGUGUGUGUGGAGAUAUUUCUGCCUGCAGCAGACAACCACAUGCACCGCACUGGAGUGCCUAUUCAGGCUGCAGUUGUAAGCACAAUUGCUGGAGACCAAUUCCCCUUGACCUCAACUGAACCUCCUCCUGACUCAAGUCAUUUGGGCGUCAGAAGUACACGGAACCCCCGCUAUAAACAACAGAACUCAGGCGACGUUUCUAACCCAUGGAGAAAGACAUCGCGUUUCUGAAGCGAAUGAUAGCGCUUCCUGUGCCUCGAGCUUACUUCUCCGUCUAAAUAACCCGAUUUUGGGGGGGGGGGGGGGGCAGGCGGCACGUUGAGUCACGUGACCUAUUCAGACCUCCCCCCCGCCCGCUCAGAAGACGGGGGCAGGGAGGAAAGAGAGGCGGCUUCUAUUUCCAUUGGUCUCUUUCGCGCCUUCACGGUCUCACAUGACCCUCCCCCCCCUCCAACGGAUCAGGCGUCGGCGGGCGGAAGUCCCUCUGCUCCCGAGGAUCUAUGGUUUCUUUGUAGGAGGCGCUCCCCGCUGAGUCUAUGGUCCUCGCGGGGCCGGACGGGAGGCUGGCGGAUCGGCGUGCACAUUCCUCCCCCAUUACCUCACACUCGGCGAAGGGGCCGCCGGGAUAGUGGAGGACCUGCGCUCUGUGCCGCCUUGCUUCAGCUCUCUCUGUGUAGCCGGCGGCGAGCCCGGGAUUCCUCUUCCGAUUUCGCUGUGCGGUUUCCCCCCUUCCCCUCCCCCCGCCCCCGGGCCGCCUCGUCCUCCCCUGCCCCACUGGGUCCACUUCUCCGGCUCUCGCCCGCCUCGGCCCAUGGCUCCAUGAAGCGCGGGGCAGUCGAGGUGGUGGCGGCGGCGGCGGCGCUGGUGGCGGCGGCGGGGAGGCAAGAGCAGGAGCGGCGGCGGCGGCAGCGCUGGUGGCGGCGGCGUUGGUUGGGCUGAAACGGCGAACUGGGAAAGGGAGCCGUCUCCGCUCCGGGCAGAGAGAAGGUGGGGGCUCUCACGUCCUCGCCGCGGGGGGGGGGCUGCUCAGAUAUUACCCCCCCUUGCGGGCUCACCUCACAUUCCCCUCAACCCCCCCGGGCUUCAUCCUCCUUUGCGCCGCUCUCGCUCCUUGUCUCUUCAGGUCUGGACUGUGGGGCGUCCCUCUUAUCUCUCCCCCCUCCCGCAUCUUCCUCUUCCUCGCGUCCUGCUCGGCAGCCUCCCCCCCCCCCCGCUUUGUUGCUUUCCCCACGCUCGUGCACGGGGCCCUUCAACCUACUUAUUCGCCGACUCCCGGCGUGGUGCAGCGGCUACAGACCGGGGCUUUGGACCCGGUUCAAAUUCUCGGUUCACCCGCCUGGGUAGCCUUGGGCAAGCCCGGCUAUCCUUGUACAUCUGUUUUGAGGAUAAAUGAGACAUAAUAUAAUACCUUGUUACGGCGGCGGAAAUGCUUAUGGAACAGGGCUAGUCACGUCCUCCUCUUGCAUUCAGUACAGUCACGUAGGUCGUCUCUUCGCUCCUAAACAGGUUUACUCAGCUAUAAGCUCCGUUUCAGUUCAGUGGGACUUGGUGCCUAGCGUGUCUUUUAGGAUUGCAGGCUGUAGUCUUUUAUAUUCCUUUGCCAUAAGGUCCUGUGUAUUUGUACCAUCCUGUUGUGUCCAGCUGGGUUUUUGCUUCCAGAUAAGGAAGCGUAGGAUUGUGGUCUUAAUUAGGAAGUAAAGUUCAUUGGAAUUAGGAAGUAAAUUAUUAGGAAUUAGGAUGUAAAGUGCAUUUUGGAAUAUAUAUGCUUGCUCUGAUGGUUUUCUGAAACUAUUUCCGUAAGACAUUUGACUGUUUUGCCCCCAUCGACUACUCCAAUAAGUGUGUCUACCCUUUGCUGUGUCUUCCUGUUUUAUCUUCUCUGCAAGUGUGGCUGAUGUGCUAGAGGAGAUAAUUAGCCAUGCUGGUGUAUUCUAUCCCAGUGUCAGUGUGGUCUUAAACUAAGUGAGCUAAGAUGACAGUACAUGUCUGGUGAGGAUCAUCUGUAGAGGUUCUCCUGGUUAUGCCGACAUGCAUCCAUUUGAAAGUGUAUGUUUUCUGUAGUGCCACACGCUAUGAAAUGGUCUCUCCCCAUCACCCCCACCCCAAAAUAAGGCACACGCCAACAGUAAAGCAGUUCUGGCACGUGCUGAAAACUUUGCUUAUCAUGACAUUUGCUGGCUACUGAUGCCAGCCAUUAUAAGAUUCUAUAAGGAUAUUCUUAUUGUCUGUCUGAAAGUAUUUUAAUGAUUUUGAUUGCAUUUGUAUAAUAUUUUAUAUUGUUGUACAUUUCCUUGAGAUGCCUCUGCCAAAGGCAGUAUAUAAAUAUUUUAAUAAAUAAGGCCCAAGCACCCUGCACCUAAUAGUUCUAGGGUAUUUCUUCCUGUAUUAGCUCUUUCAUUUUGCUUCUUUCACUAUCUUUUGUGCACUAUCUGUACAAAAGUUCCCCCACCCCAUAAGGAAAUACAGUAACAUUGUCUUUCAAUGGUUUCAUAGCAGUAGUUUCUCUGAGUGCAUGUCAUAGUAGGAGUAAGAUGGACGUUGGGUCAAGAACAGAAAAGAUAGAAAAGCCCACAUUUACUUUGUGUCUCGUACACUGUGUUAACCUAGUAUGCCUCUUUCCAUCUAUUUCACUAGCAAUGAGGUAGUGCAUUUAGGUAGUGCAAGUCUAGUAGUGCAAGUCGUAGUAGUAGUGAGGUAGUGCAAGUCUAGUAGCUGAUUCAGUGUUUAAUUUUGAUUCAGUGUUAAUUCAGUGUUUAAUUUUGCCUAGAUAUUAUUUUAUAGCCCUUUUUUCCUGAAUGUUUUUUUUUCCAGAUUUGGGGAACAGGAAUGGGCCGUGAGAAAAGAAAAUUCAUUCCAGAUAUAAAAUAGCUUCCCCUUCCACUUGUCCAUCUCCCCCCUUGGCAAUACAAGGUUUCUGCUUUCAGUAAGUAUUAUCUCAAGCAUAAUAUGUUGAAACUUACGGCACAAUGAUGCUGCGAAUACUGGUGACUGGUAUUACCAAAAAGCAUAUGAAAGGGGAGAGCUUUACCCACCUUACAACCUCCAAUGUUACUGUAUUCUUUCUGCACCCUGCCCCAACCCCUAAGCUUGGUGUGUUUUUUACAAUUGCAACCCAGUUUCAAAGUGAUGCCAAGGUUAGAUAAUAUCCUGUAUAUUUUGCAGCCCUGUUUCAGUAACAGAGCUCAAACUGAGAUGAAAUAGGGUGUUCAACCCAAUAAUUAGCAAAGCAAUAAAAUUAUUUGAUGUAAUGUUACAAGAAAUCGCUGCCUAUAAAACCCUUUUUCCAUAUGCUGAGGUGACUGUAGUCGGGUGGGGAUAGGAUGGCGAGUUAAUUGUUGGAUAAAAAAAGAACUGAAUAGGUGAUUCAUUGUUAAAUUGUUUCUUUCUCUUUGCUGGUAUUUACAAAAUGUUAGCAUCUGAAAUGCACCAGCCAGUUUCAUCUACAUUUGCUUUCUGACCAUUUGCACAUAUGGAAUAAUAAUUUUCUUAUAAAAUCCCUUGCAAAUAUCAUACAUUCUGUGCAUGCUUUGGAUUGACUUCUGAGUAAAUGCGCCUAGGUUUGUGUUGCAGUUCUGGCCAGCAUGCUAACUAGGCCAUUGACACAGGUGCAGCCACAAUUGUAGAAUUCUCCCUCCUUUUUCAUAGCCAUUGUAUAACCUUCCAUUUAUAACUAACACUUUUCAGCCCCAAACCAAUACAAGGGCAUUGGUUUCAACAUUCUCUUUAUGUAAAGAAGACUGAGGCCUACACUCAACAGAGAAAAUUGUCCUGUUCAGUUUUUAAUUUGAAUUUAAGAUAGUAACAUGCAAGAAAGUUCAAAAUCUAAGGCUGAAGGUCUCAUUUCUAUCUGUAAUCUGUGUUUUGUUAGAGGGAUCUUUGAUCAAACUCCUUGGUGGUUAUUUGUAUUUCAGUGAUAAUGGGCAAAUUGCACUAAUUCCUAAGAAAGGGUGGCAGCAGUAGACCUGCAUAUGGGAAUGUCCAAGAAAGGAAGACUCACCCUCUUGACUCUACCAGGCUAAUAACUAGCAUAGGAGAGGUGAUUGGCAUACUGCCUUCUUCCUCCAAAGUAUUUAUGACACUGGGAGCUUUCUCCUACUCUUUUUGCCCCAGUAUAUACCUGUCUCCUGCUGGUGGGUAUAGGGGCUAGCUUGUACUAUCACUGCUGAUCAGAUUUUCCCGAGACAGGUGUGAGCAAGGGAUGGAUAGAAAGAAUAGCCUCUAAGUUAUAAGAUUGCACAUCUAGAAGAUAGUGAAAUGGCUGCAGCCUUUGUUCUAGCAAAAGGCCAAGUUUGUUAAACUGAAUAUUUUCAAUAUCUGGAAGACUUCACAGUUCCCUGUGCCUUAGGCCUUCUUGGACAUAGUAUUUUGCAAGUGAACUGAAACCCUAGGUUGAAAGCAAACUAAAAUUGCAAGCAUACAGUGAGCACUUUGUAGCACUGUGGCCGUUCAACCAAUUGUAUGUGUGAUGAUGUCACUGAGCACAUCUGGAAUGUUUUUCUUGGGUUUAUCUAGCAGCAUUCUGCCUUAAUGCAAAGAUAGUCCAGGUUGAGGACUACUCUCCAUUCCUAUUGCUGUAUGAGGUACUAAAAUACGCAAAUGGUCUGCAGUUACAUUUAACUUUUGGAUCACAUGUUGCUCAUGCAAACUUCACGGUAAUGUUCCUUUUCAUAAAUAAAGUCUACAUGACCUUUGUAAAAAAUGUCUUCAUAGCUGUGCGCAUCGGUCUGCUUUCUAUUUAGUUUUCCAGUCUUGUGCAAUCAUAUGUGAGCUUUCUUAUGGAACUCGGGUUUUUAAUGUGAGAGGUGUAGUUUUCUUACUGUGGAAAAAAUACAUCCUUAUAAUUUGCUUUUCUUUAAGUAUAAUGCUAUAUGUUGCAUAUUGUGUGUUUUGCCAGGGUUCUACAGUACUCCAGACAGCAAGUGCUGAAUCAGGAUGGGAAAAAGACGCUGUGUUCCUCCACUUGA